AUGAAAAAUUUAUUAGCAAUUUGUUUUAUUUUAGCAACCCUUCUUUAGUUGGGUCUCUCAAUUAAUUAGCAAGACGUUGCAGAUGUUGUUAUUGAGAGUGCAAAUAGAGAAAUUGAUUUGACUUAAAGAUAUGUCACUUCCACUAUUAAAUUGAAAGUAUUCAAUAAAGGAAAAACUCCAGUUAACAGUUUUUAUUAUGCUUUGCCAGUUGAUUAAAUCUAAAAUACCAUUCUUGUUGUUAUCAGAUAUUCUGAUCAAAGAGAAGUUGGUGGAAAUCUUUAAGAAGACUUUGCUAUGAGACACCAAUACAAUACUACUUUUAUACGUUUCGAAUUAGAACGUCCAAUUGCCCCUUAAAAUUCAGCUACCAUUACUUUAGAAGAGAAAUUUGUUAACAGAUAAGUUCCUUAUCCAAGAGAAAUUAGAAUUAAUGAAGAUUAAAAGAUAUUAUUUAAAGACAAUGCUUAUAUUUACACACCUUAUUUUGUAAAAACUUAAUACACUGUUUACAAAACCAGCAACAUCAUUUCUCACACCGAAAAUGAAAAAGCAUUAAAGCUUAGAAAGGGUGGUAUUAAAUAUGGUGAAUUUUCUGAAAUUUAAGCUUUUAGUUCUUAUCCUAUUGAAAUCCAUUCUGAAAAUACAACACCUCUUAUCUACCUCACAAAGGCCACUAAAUCUAUUGAGGUUUCUCAUUGGGGAAAUAUUGCAGUUGAUAGUUCUUAUAAUUUAGUGAACGAAGGAGCUUAUUUAAAGGGAGAAUUUGGUCGUGUUGAUUACAAUAAAUACAAUCCUUCAAGUGGAAAACACGCUCUGAAGUCUCUCUCUGCUGAGCUUCCCUAUCAUGCUACAGGAGUAUGGUAUAGAGAUGUCAUAGGAAACAUAUCAACCUCAAACGGAUUUAGAGAUAAAUAAGAAAAAGUCGUUAAGCUUAAUAUUAUGCCUAGAUAUCCAGUAGUUGGUGGGUGGAAGAGUGCUUGGAAUCUUGGAUAUAACUUGAAUACUACCAGAUAUCUUCACACUGACGGUAACGGUGGAUUCGUCCUUAGACAACUCUUUUCUAUACCUUUUAACGAUUUGCUUGCUCAAGAUUACGAAUUAAGAGUAAUCCUUCCAGAGGGUGCUACUGAUAUAAAAUCAGAGCUUCCUUUUUCUGUUGAUAGUUAAUAUACUGAAAACACCUUCUCUUAUCUUGACACUAAUGGCCGUCCUACUCUCGUAUUCAAAAAGAAAAAUGUUAUUGAUUUCCAUAAUCAAUAUUUCUAUGUACAUUAUAAAUUAAGUACUAUUAAUUUGAUCAAGAAACCAUUAUUGAUAUUUGGAGCCUUUUUAAUUUUCUUUGUUACUUUAAUAGUAUUUAAUAGAUUGAGCUUAAAGAGUCUUAAAUCUAAAAAUGAAUGA